AUGCCAGGCUUCUCACAAGCCACCGAGCUUCCGGCAUGGAAGAAGCUCAUGGAACACCACGACAAGCUGGGUCGUGGCAUGGUCCUCAAGAGCGAAUUCGAAAAGGACCCUCAGCGAUUUGAGAAAUACAGCAGAACCUUCAAAAACGAGGCCGACGGCAGUGAGACCCUCUUCGACUUCAGCAAGAACUUCCUCACAGAUGAGACCCUCCCGCUGCUGGUCCAGCUGGCCAAGGAGGCCAAGCUGGAGGAGCUUCGUGACGACAUGUUCAAGGGCGAGAAGAUCAACUUCACCGAGAAGCGUGCGGUCUACCACGUCGCUCUCCGGAAUGUCAAGAACGAGAGCAUGCAGGUUGACGGCAAGAGCGUCGUCGAGGAAGUCAACGAGGUCCUCGAGCACAUGAAGGAAUUCUCCGAGCAGGUCCGCAGCGGCGAGUGGAAGGGAUAUACCGGCAAGGCCAUCGACACCGUCAUCAACAUUGGUAUCGGCGGCUCCGAUCUCGGUCCGGUGAUGGUCACCGAGGCUCUCAAGCCGUACGGAAAGAAGGGCAUGAAAUUGCACUUCGUCAGCAACAUCGACGGAACUCACAUCGCCGAGGCGCUCGAGAACAGCAACCCGGAGACGACCCUCUUCCUCAUCGCAUCCAAGACCUUCACCACUGCCGAAACCACCACCAACGCCAACACUGCCAAAUCUUGGUUCCUCAAGCAUGCGUCCGAGGCGGAUGUGGCGAAGCACUUUGUCGCUCUCUCCACCAACGCCAAAGAAGUGGGAAGCUUCGGUAUCGACACCAAGAACAUGUUUGGAUUCAACGACUGGGUUGGUGGUCGAUACUCUGUCUGGUCUGCCAUUGGCUUGUCCGUGGCGUUGUACAUUGGAUUCGACAACUUCCACCAAUUCCUCGCAGGUGCUCAAGCUAUGGACCACCACUUCCGCACUGCUCCGCUCGAGGAGAACAUUCCUGUCAUUGGUGGUCUUUUGAGCGUCUGGUACUCUGACUUCUUCGGUGCUCAGACUCACCUUGUUGCUCCUUUCGAUCAGUACAUGCACCGCUUCCCAGCUUACCUUCAACAGCUCUCCAUGGAGUCAAACGGCAAGGCCAUCACCCGCAGCGGUGACUACGUCAAAUACACCACCGGCGCCAUCCUUUUCGGCGAGCCAUGCACCAACGCCCAACACUCCUUCUUCCAGCUCCUGCACCAGGGCACCAAGCUGAUCCCCACCGACUUCAUCCUGGCCGCCGAGUCCCACAACCCCGUCGAGAACAACAAACACCAACACAUGCUGGCCUCAAACUACUUCGCCCAGGCGGAAGCCCUCAUGAUCGGCAAAACCCCCGACACCGUCAAAGCCGAAGGCGCCGCCGACGAGCUGGUCCCGCACAAGGUGUUCCUGGGCAACCGCCCCACCACCAGCAUCCUGGCGCAGAAGAUCACCCCGGGCACCCUGGGCGCCCUGAUCGCGUACUACGAACACCUCACCUUCACCGAAGGCGCCAUCUGGAACAUCAACUCGUACGACCAGUGGGGCGUCGAGCUCGGCAAGGCCCUGGCCAAGAGCAUCUUGGGCGAAUUGGAGACUGCGGGCGAGAGCACCAAGCAUGACUCUUCGACGUCCGGCCUGAUCAACGCUUUCAAGAAGAAGGCCGGUAUUGCGUGA